AUAAAUCAUGCUAGGUUUCAUUCAUUAAAACAUCUAAAGCUCAACGGCGCUCCAACCCUCUCCCUGUCCGGGAAAAAUGGUGCGUUCCAAGUUUGGACUCGCCCUCGGGUGCAACUGGAAUCCAUUUUGGCUCAACGCGGAGCCGCUUCUCGUGUUAACAUAGGGCGCGUCGGAGCCCAAAUGAACGCGCAUGUACUCCAGUUUCACACUAGUGACUCCGUUCUCCAACAAGAGUUGCUAGGAUGCAAAACAUCAUCUUUAUAAGCUCUACUGACCCCUUUCUGACACAUUCAGUACUCAGUCUCAUCUGCAGCCUAGUUUUCAUAAGACACGAUGUGUUCUGUUUACUUGCGCACAGAGUAACGAUUUGCCGAUGUCAACCUGUCAAAAUAACGCAGGCGCAGAGGAUUAACGUUAGAUGCUGACUUGUGCAUUCGCUUAUCUAUUAGUAUUAUUAUUAAUAUAAAACAUUAUAUAAUGGCGACGGAGUGCACGCAAGAAUCCGUCCUGGACUUUCUAUUGGAAAACGGGGGGCGAGUGAAAAACAAGGACUUGGUCGCGCAUUUUAAAGUCUUUCUGAGCAGCGAAAAUGUGAAGCGCGCCGUGCUAAAAGAGAGAUUUAAGCGUUAUGUGGACAAUAUCGCCUACGUGAAGCAGGAAAACGGGGAGAAAGUGGUGUGUUUGAAGAAGAAGUACAGAUACCCGGAGAUGCGCAGCGGGCGCGCGCAGGAUGAGAAGCCCGAUGAUGAUGCUGCUGCUGGUGAUGAAGACAUCAACAAAGGAAUCAGUGCAUUGCAUUUCGAAGAGAACGCCACCGUGCAUGAAGAAAUCGGUGAUCUGAAAGCUGUGAGAGAUGCUGAGGAGGAGCUGUGUGUGUCUGAUAUCGCACUGAUUGAGAAAGACUGCAAGCUCGCGGGGGAAAACGAAAUUGUGCAUGGAAAUGACAUCGAACCAAAUGCUCCUGAGCUCUCUAAUGCCCGAUCAACAGGAGAGGCUGGGGUUGGCAGGGCUUCCGUCACGCCACAGGUCAUCGUUAAUCGCCGGAGAACAUCAAGGGGAUCUCAGCGGAGUCUGCUGGGCUCUUCUGAGGAUGGAGCACAUGAUGCACUGCCUGAGGAUGGCAGCACCCCAAAAUGCAGCCGCAAGAACUUCAUAGAGCUCAUGAUGAGCAGUUCUCCACAGGUGAGACGCUCACUGGUGCCCCGUAACUCCCAAGGGCACAUGUCAGCCAGAAACAGUGAGUUCAGAAUGUCAUCUGUGGAAGAGGAUUGUGCUUCGGUAACUUUAGACCCGCUGGAGCACGAGUGGAUGAUGUGCACGGCAGACGGCGAGUGGGACAGUCUGCAGCGGCUGCUCGAGUGUGAACCCACGCUCAUCUCCAAGAAGGACUUUGUCACGGGGUUCACGUGUCUGCACUGGGCGGCCAAGCAAGGCAGACACGAGCUUUUCGCAAUGCUGGUGGAUUUCGCCAAACGGCACGGCGUCGCCAUCAAUGUAAACGUCCGAUCCAGCGCCGGCUAUACGCCUCUGCACCUGGCAGCAAUGCACAAUCAUAUAGAGGUCAUGAAGCUUCUGGUGGGAGCGUAUGAUGCUGAUGUAGAUGUGAGAGAUUACAGUGGGAAGAAAGCUGCGCAGUACCUCCGUGCCAGCGUCAAGGGCGACAUCAGGGACAUCAUAGGGGCUUGUGCGAACUCGGACGCAGAGAACGCAUCCGGAGCCGGCCGAUGGAAGCUUCCUAAAGUCCUGCAGUCCAAUCUCAACCCUCUACGGUUACUAAACCACCCUGAGGAGAUGACAGCCGAUGCUCAGCCCAGGCCCAGGUCUCUGUAUCGGAAAUCCUCCAUCGGCCGCAUCAGACUGCAGAGGAACCGCUUCAAGACGCAGAUCGUCCACAGCACUUCAUUCAGAGAGAACGAGGAAGGAGAGGAGACGCUCAAGAGCCCAGUCAAAUCCAGACCCAUAUCUAACCUGUUUGGCUGAGACGGAAAUGUGAAUAAUAGAAACAUAUGCAAAGACAUCAUUACUCUGAGAUCAACUGAGCUGCUGGUUUACUGCGUGGUUAAAUGGUUAAAAAAUGAAAACUGAAAAAUGUGAAAAUAUAAAAAUAAAUAAAUAAAAAUUUAAUUAUUUAAAAUAAUAUAAAAAUUUAAAUAAAAAAAAUCUAAUGAUUUUUGAUUAAAUAAACACAUUUUCAAAAAAUAUAUAUAUAGUGAAAUAUAUAUAUAUAAAAUAGUAAUAAUACAUCUAACAGUACUAUAGUGAGUAGAAAUAAAGGUAGCAUUUUAAAAUAAGGCUUCAUUUGUGAACAUGAACUAACAAUGAACGAUACUUCUACAGCAUUUACUAAUGUCUUAAUGUUCAUUUCGUCAUUUACUGAAACAUUUAAAAUUAAAAGUUGUAUUUGUUAACAUUAGUUAACUAACAUGAACAAAGAAUUAUAUUUUUAUUAACUAAAUGUUGUUAAUUGCUCAUUGUUAGUUGAUGUUAGCUAGAAAGUAAGGUUUUACCGAAAAAGCACAAUCAUGUCAUAGAAAUAUUUUACACAUAUUUAUAAAAUUAUUUUUUUUUUUAGCUUGUGAACUUGGGUCUUUAUACAUAACUUUUAUAUUUUAGGACGGACGAGGUUGAGCAACUGGAACAAAUUUGAAUGCAAUCAUCUCCUUUAUCAAAUUAUGCACUACUAUUCUGUAGCUCUAAAAUCAUGUAGAUGUAAUGUAGAUUAUUUUGAAUGGAUAUUUUCACGGAUGCACUUUUGCGUGUCAUGAUAUUGUGUUGCUGUUGCAUGUGAUUGUCCUCCUGCUCUCCUGUUUUAGUCACUGUGCCUUUAAUGAUCUUCUUCCAGAUGCAGGAAUGAACAUGUCUUGAGACUGUUAUCCGGUAAAUGUGAUUUCAGUGUGUUUAUGUGCCGUAGGUGAUGUUUAAAAAGCUGUUGUUUAAAUAGUUUAAGCUGGAGUCUGAUUCCAUGGAAAGGAACAGUUCACCCCAAACACUGCAGUGAAUGGGUGCCGUCAGAACGAGAGCUGAUGAAAACAAGCAACCACUCCAGUCCAGCAAUUAAUGUCUUGAGAACACAAAUCCAUCAAGACGUUUUUAACUAAAAUAUGAGUCCAUAUUCCAUAAUACCGUUAAUUUUAGGGUGAACUGUUCUUUUAAUAACUCAUGAGCCAUUACAUUGGCAAUGCACUUUUACCUAAUCAAACUGACUAAGCUUUAUAAUACUGUUUACUCCUGAACACUAAUUACUAGCGAUCCCAAAUACUAAUAUUCCAAAUGUGUUUUCAGUCAUUCUCUAAAGUGCCUUUGUUGAUAAUGAAAAGUCAUUUUAGGCACUUGUUGUAGAUAAAUAAUAUUUUAAAUCACCCAGAAAAUGUGCUCAGUGUUCCUUAAAUACAAACUAUUGAAACCCAACUGGAUGUUUAUGUUUCCUGAAGACAAUGUGAAUGGUGUUUGGUAUUGCUGUGCAGUUGCUAGGGUCCUCCAGCUGGUUGCUAGGUGAUGUCAGUGUUGCUAUGCAGUUGCUAGGGUGCUCCAUGUGGUUUCUAGGUGAUGUCAGUGUUGCUAUGCAGUUGCUAGUGUGGCCCGGCUGGUUGUUAGGUGACGUCAGAGUUGCUAUGCAGUUGCUACGGUGCCCCAUCCAGUUACUAGGUGAUGUCAGUGUUGCUAUUUAGUUGCUAGAGUGCCCCAGCCAGUUGCUAAGUGACGUCAGUGUUGCUAUGCAGUUGCUAGGGUGCCCCAGCCGGUUGCUAGGUGACAUCAGUGUUGCUAUGUAGUUGUUAGGGUGCUCCAGCCGGUUGCUAGGUGACAUUAGUCUUGCUAUACAGUUGCUAGGGUGCCCCAGCCGGUUGCUAGGUGAAGUCAGUAUUGCUAUGCAGUUGCUAGGGUGCCCCAACUCAUUGCUAGGUGAAGUCAGUAUUGCUAUGUAGUUGCUAGGUUGCUCCAGCUGGUUGCUAGGUGACAUCAGUGUUGCUAUGCAGUUGCUAGGGUGCUCCAGCUGGUUGCUAGGUGAUGUCUGUGUUUCUAUGCAGUUGCUAGGGUGCCCCAGCCGGUUGCUAGGUGACGUCAGUGUUGCUAUGUAGUUGCUAGGGUGCUCCAGCCGGUUGCUAGGUGACGUUAGUCUUGCUAUGUAGUUGCUAGGGUGCCCCAGCCGGUUGUUAGGUGAAGUCAGUAUUGCUAUGCAGUUGCUAGGGUGCCCCAGCUCGUUGCUAGGUGAAGUCAGUAUUGCUAUGCAGUUGCUAGGGCGCCCCAGCUGGUUGCUAGGUGACAUCAGUGUUGCAGUGCAGUUGCUAGGGCACCCCAGCCGGUUGCUAGGUGACAUCAGUGUUGCAGUGCAGUUGCUAGGGUGCCCCAGCCGGUUGCUAGGUGACGUGUACCGUCUCUGUGAUGUUUUGCUCAGUCAUGCAGAGUAAUGAUUCCUGACUUGGCAAACUGCACUAAUUAACUGCUGCGCUUAAAUGACACCGUCAUUAACCAGCUGCUGGCAAUUCAUUAUUUAUUUGAGGUCAACUAUCUGAUGAGAAGACGUUUAGGAAGCACUAAACUUUCACGGUUGGGUCCGAAUGGUGUGAACAUUGUGAAAUUCGCUCCGAGUGUUUUGCUCUGUUCGUCAUUCUAUCAGUAUGUCGUUUCGUUGAGUUUGGUGUCACACACAAAUUCAUUUCUUUUCUUUCUCAUGAAAUCUGAUAGAACAUCUACACAGCUAAUAUGAUGUAAAGCAGGUACGACCGCUUUUCUCUGGCUGCAAGCUGUGAAUGUGCUGAUUCCCACACUUGUCCCGACACAUCCACAGCGCUUCCGUACCGUUACGAACCUUUCUUGUUUUUAUGCAACAACAUGCAUUUGACUUUGCUUUAUCAAAAAUAAAUCGGACACUCAUGGG